AUGCUUAUCGACGGUCAAAAGUGGGCUUGUGAAGCUUGCAUACGGGGCCACCGUGUGACGAGCUGUAAACACCAUGAUCGACCGUUGAUUCGUAUCAAGCGCAAGGGGCGACCCUUCGCAACCUGCUGUAUCUGCAAUGCCACACCGUGCUCCUCGCCAGCGGAGCACGCGCGCCAGAAGCGCGAAAUAGAACUAAAAAACCCAUCAAAAGUAACGCAAACACAAUGCCAACAGCCGCUCCCAACACCGCAAGGCAGGAACUUCGAUGUUCAAGGAAGAAGCGACACACGACUACAAGCCCACGCGAGACUCUAUCCUCGCCACCACAACCCGACCGGCUUCCUCCCCAUCGCUCCGCGUCCAUCCGGACAGAAAGACCCCCACACGCGCAAGAAAGACCCCAAUUCCUCCUCACCCCGCCCUUCGAGAUCUGGGUCGACUUCCGCCGCGUCCGUCUCUUCUGCCCAUGACCCUUCCCAAGACCACGCACGCUCUAUCGGCGCGGGAUACUGGUCCGGCUCCGACGGCUCGGGGAUUGACGUGGAGAGUAGCACUGCCGUAAGUCGAGCCCAUUCGACCGCCGGCCUGCCGGUAGAGUCGGGGUUUCCUAUCACUGCUGGUUCCAGUCGGCCGCUCGCGAGCUCGGCGCCUGAUGCCACGGUCCUCGACCCUGCUCUUGGAAACGGCCUCUUUGAUCCAAUGUAUAGUCUUCUGACUUCCUCGGUCUCCGAGGCGGGAUUGACGCAGACUUGUCCUCUUACUAGUCCCGUGGAUGGUGGCAAUCCAUUUGAUUUCCCGUUGGAUCCGUUGCUAGGCUUGGAUGCUUCCCACUUUGGUUACAGAGAGGACAUGGAUGUAGAUGUCACGGAGGGGUUGACGGAUGAGAUGUUCCAUGUGGAGGACUGGUCGAGGUACAUGUGGUCGCCUGAGACGGGGCUGGAGCAUUUAGAUAUGGGGUUCCCCCUGCUGGGGCUCGAUGACAAAAGCUUGUCACCGCGCACGGUGACAACCAUGUGGCUUUGCCAUGACUGA